AUGUACAAAGCUCCCGGGUUAGAGCUGAUGCUGUUCGGAAUCUACGACCAAAAUUUGUUAUUACAAAAUCAGAGUUUCUACCCAUUCUGGCUCGCCUCACUGCUAUGCGAAUUAUUUGGGAGCUCGAUAACGAUCGGAUUGGGAUUGUGCCUGCUCCACGUCGCCAAAAACUCGCGCGUCUUCAACAAGAAACUGAUCCAUAUCAUAUGGUUAUUUAUGGCCAAAAAUAUUAUUGGGGAGAUUGCUCGAUUCCUAUUAAUGCUCUAUCAAUUUCGGGUUAUUCCCGUCCAAGGUGAUAUUCUUGCCGAUCUGCCCCUAUUUUUCCUCUCCGCCUGCCGCACAUUUGUGUACUGUAGCGAGGUGAUGUUCGUAGUCGAAGUGCUGUGCGAGCGGUGCAUGGCUAUUGUAUUUGUCCGGGACUAUGAGUACAUGAAACGGGUCUGGCUCGAAUGGAUUAUAUUCACGUAUUCGAAUUUGAACUGCUUGAUCGUGACGCUGGCUUUCCAUUUUUUAAGCGUUCAGCAGCACAACUUCAUGUUCAAGCUUAUGCUCCCCUUGACUCUAUGCUGUAUAAUCGGCACGCUAAUUAUGUUUCUCUUGAUCGAGCGGUUCAACAACAAAAUUUCCGAGCGUCUCGAAAAGUUCGACAUCAGGAGAUACAGCCUGAGCACCAAGUUUCAGGUCGUGGAGAAUUCGAAAGCGUUAAAGAUACUCCAAUGGAUAUUCCUGGGCCACAGUAUAUUCUGCUUAUUUGGCAGUUGCCUAUUUACAAUUCCGAACAUCAUUUUUGAAAAUGAGACACCAGAAUUGGAACUGUCGACUGCAUGUCUUGAAGCAGUUCAGAGCCUAUACGGCGUCUUCUACACAAUAUCUCUACUCAUCUUAAUACCACCGUGGCGUCGAAAACUAUUUGAUUUGGCCCAAAUCCGACGAAGAAAGUCCUGCCGCGUGCAAUUUGCAUAUUCCCAACCUAAAAUCCUUGCCGUUUCGCCAGCUGAAUGCGUUGUAUGGCAGGAUGCGCCGCUACUCCUCAGCUCUAUGCUACGACUCUACACAUAUUCUGGGGCAUUCACGAUAUUUAGCACGAUAUUUAUCGAGAGGAGCUGUGCUGUGUACUUCAUUAAAGACUAUGAAUACGUGGAUCGGCCCUUAAUCGAAGCGUAUCUGCACCUACAAUCAUUUUCGAUGCAGAGCUUCUCGGUCAUGGUGUAUUCGUUUACUGGUGGCUACUACGAUGCUUUGACGUUCAAGCUGAACCUUCCAUUCAUGACUCUCUGGCUUAUUACCGUCUGGUUUCUUUUCCGCAAUGUCUACAUCGAAAAUAAUCGUGCCCUGAACCAACUCUUCGAAACGUUUGAUGCAAGAAAAUAUACGCUAAGCAGACGAUUUCAGUUGGAUGAAAACCGGAGGGUGUUGAAGCUAUUCUACAACAUUUUCAUGGGUCACGCAUUCUUUUGCUCAAUUGCUAUGUGCAUCUUCACGCUUCCGCACAUAAUUUUCGAUGACCCCUCCGCAGAGGUCGAGCUGUGCGCGGCGUUUUUGGAGUGUUAUCAGGGAUUG